AUGUCUAUUUACUCGACCACCCAUCAGCCUACUAAUGGUGUCGCCCAGAUGAGCGACGGUACCAUUGAUCCAUCAGCGCUCAAUCCGCUGACCGGCAAUGCCAUCGACCCCUCGUCGCGUGGUCUCAAGCGUAGUAGAUCUCCGGACCCCGGAUAUGGCGACUACCUGCACACAGGCGAUGAUGAUGACACGAAGCCACGGAAGCGUGGUCGGCCACCCAAAACACCUCGUACCUCAGGUGACUACACCAGCCAUGCCGACUCACUACCUACGCCUGCCAGCCAGAUAUCACCCGACCUAUCACAAACACCUCACAUGAAGUCGCAAGGACUUCCUUCCGGCAGCGGGUCACAGACAUCGCCACCACGGACAACGCCACAGAAACCAACCACCCUUAAAGCUCUACCUACUGUAAGAGAUCACACAACAGACCAGCUGGGACCAGAGGGCGACGAAUAUGUUGCGCGCGACUUCGACGAGAAUGGCGAAAAGAAGGUGGACACCAUGGGCUACCUACAAGGCGGUCGCGACUACAAGAUACGGACAUUCAAGCUUCCUGGACGCGGCGAGAAGCUGUUCAUGCUUGCGACGGAGUGUGCGCGAACACUGCAGUACCGCGACAGCUAUUUGCUCUUCAACAAGAAUCGAUCGCUGUUUAAGAUCAUAGCGAGUCCUAAGGAGAAAGAGCAGCUUGUUCAGGAGGAGAUAUUGCCUUAUUCCUACAGGUCACGUCAAAUAGCCGUCGUCACUGCGCGAUCGAUGUUCCGACAAUUCGGCAGCCGAGUCAUCAAAGAUGGUCGUCGCGUUCGGGAUGACUACUGGGAAGCCAAGGCGAUAAAGCAAGGCUUCACAGAGGACGAUCCCGCUGGUGAGAAGCGACCAGGCCAGACUCGAGCCAGAGAAGCCGCAGCAGCAGCGCAGGCACAGGAACUCAGCGCACGGCAGCUCAGCGCAUAUGGAGACGUUGUCUACACUUCAGUGGGUCAGUAUGGUCCGAUGGGCUUCCACAGCAUGGCACCACAGAUGGGCAUAAUCCCUAGCUUCGAUUACACCCACGACCCCAAAUACCGAGACGUACAAAGACCACGGCAAGAUCUCACAGGACCGCCAUAUAUGGACUUGACUCGACCGAGUUCGGAAGCCGAGAUGGCUGGACAGUCAACACAUGCUGCAGAUUUUAGUAGAACCAUCAACCAGCAAGCCAAGUAUCGACGGAACAUUGUACAGGAAUACUGGCAGCGACCACACGAUCCACCGGUUACUACGCCUCCGCCAGAAGGCACUGACGUCAACACAGCUCGCGACUUCUCUGCCUCUCAUCCCUUCGGCGCUGAUGGUACGAGUAAUGAUCUGUCCGUCACACAAGCACCCAGCAACACAGCAACAACCCAAGCAAUGAAUCCUCCCUCAUUCGCUAUGCCAACGAACCCACUCCAGUCCCCGUCGCGACAGCCCUCGAUGGGUAGCACCUACGGUCGCGAUAACGCAUCACAGUUCAACACGCCUCAACACCAGCAAUUCCAACGAUCGUCCUCCAAUCUAUCCAUGUCAUCACAAACGCCCGGCGGCAUGCCACAAUACGCUGGCAACUUCUCUCCCCACACGUCGCAGCAACAAGCAGCAGCACAUUCGUCCUGGGGUGGUCCGCCUUCACAGCCUCCGCUGCAUAGAAUGAGCUCUGGCCAGUACGCGGCCAUGAACCAGAAUCAGAUGCCUUCGCCUGCCAUGUCUGGUCAUCCGUCGCCUCAUGCUGCCGCGAACCAGAUGCAGCCGCCGCAGAUGGCUAUGAUGCAGGGCCAGACUCAGAACAUGGGUGGUCAGCACCUCAUUGGGCCUGGCAUGGGCUUACAGGCUAUGAAUGCGGGCAAUUACCCUGGUCUGAACCCGAUGGCGAGGCAGCAGGCGAACAUGUACGGGGGAGGAAUGAACCAGCGCAGUUCAUGCAGCAGCAGCAACAAGGUCAGCCGGGACAACAAGGGUGGCCACAGCAGCAGCAGGGUCAGGGUGCUGGUCAACAAUGGCCUUACGGCGGCUCGUAGAAUGGGCUUACGGAGCCAGACUGGAAUGACGGCUCGUAGAAUGGGCUAA